AUGGCCUGGCAUGAACGCCUUAUCGCCGCCUGGCCGCAGUUGCAGAAGCAACACACCGAACGCUUCUUCCGCAUGUUCAUCUACUAUCUGAAUUCCUGCGCUGAUGGUUCACUGGGUCUCGGUGAAAGUUAUAUGGAUGGUUGGUGGGAAUGCGACCGGUUGGAUAUUUUAUUCCACCGCAUUUUACGCGCCGGAUUACAUAAUAAACAUCAUAAUUUCAAGGAUACUCUGCGCAUCGCCGUAAUACGCCUGAUCAAUCUUCAGUCCCGCAAGCAAGCAUCGAUUGUUGGCAAAAACCAUUACGAUUUGGGUAACGACCUGUUUACCCUGAUGCUCGAUCCCUACAUGCAAUACUCCUGCGGUUAUUGGCAUCAUGUCACGACUCUCGAACAGGCUCAGCAGAACAAGUUAGAGAUGAUUUGCCAGAAACUUCAGCUGCAACCUGGCAUGACGCUGUUGGAUAUCGGCUGCGGCUGGGGCGGUCUGGCGCAAUAUGCGGCGAAAAAUUAUGGCAUUAGGGUGCAUGGUGUUACUAUUUCUGCCGAGCAGCAAAAGCUAGCCCAGCAACGUUGCGAAGGGCUGGAUGUCACCAUUUUGCUGCAGGACUAUCGCGAUCUGGAUUUGCAGUGUGAUCGCAUCGUUUCGGUCGGCAUGUUUGAACAUGUGGGGCCUAAAAAUUACCCCACCUAUUUUGACGUGAUUUAUCGUAAUCUGAAGCCUGACGGUCUGUUUUUACUGCAAACCACUGGCGCCAACAAAACCAGUAUGACUCUCGACCCGUGGAUCAACAAAUAUAUUUUCCCCAACGGUUGCGCGCCCUCUGUCCAGCAUAUCGCGGAAGCCAGCGAACCGCAUUUUGUUAUGGAAGACUGGCAUAAUUUUGGUGCGGAUUAUGACCGUACCCUCAUGGCCUGGCAUGAACGCCUUAUCGCCGCCUGGCCGCAGUUGCAGAAGCAACACACCGAACGCUUCUUCCGCAUGUUCAUCUACUAUCUGAAUUCCUGCGCUGGUGCUUUUCGCGCCCGCGACAUUCAGUUGUGGCAGGUGCUGGGAUUUGAACCAAGUCGAAUAAUGAGACAAAUCAAUCCACGUCGUCCUCGACCGGCACGACUCACUCCCCCCGAACGGACUACCGCCGGGGGAGGUGGGACCGUGUGCGCCGCCGCGACUACCACCCAAGCGGCGGCCCCACAGGCCGCAACAGCCACCCGAGCGGCCCUGCCCGCCACGACCACCACGGCUUGGGCAACCAGGGCGCCACCACCGCCCGUGAGAGUCACCCUGGAUGACGGACAUACGGUGGUGGUGCCCUGGCACUGCGCGAACAUCACGCGCAAAUAUCGGGCCACCACCCCAACCGGCGGUUGGCUUCCCGGUUGCUGGGACGGCGCCUCCUGCUAG